AUGUCAACAUGGACUUCAUGUGCCUUACAUUUAAUACUAUCGGUUCCUUUCUGACUGACUCAGUUUCACAUGUCCAGUAGCUGACAGUACACUGAACACAUGGCUGACAUCACAGAUCCAGAGGAUGAAGGAGACCUUCAGGAUCAAAUCGAAGAGGUCGAGGCUCUGUCCUCCAUCUACGGAGACGAGUGGUGUGUCAUCGACGAAGCGUCCAGGAUAUUUUGCAUCAAAAUAUCCGAUGACUUGGAGGAGCCAACACUCACGGCGUGUUUGCAGAUAAUUCUCCCAUCUGAUUAUCCGAGCGCCGCUCCGCCCAUCUACCAGAUCAAUGCGGCGUGGUUGCGAGGACCUGAGAGGAACAAAUUGGCGAGCAGCCUUGAAGACCUCUACGUGGAGCAUGCGGGGGAGAGCAUCCUCUACCUGUGGGUGGAAAAGAUUCGAGAAUUCCUGGUGGAGAAAUCACGGAGCUCAGAAACAGUGGAUCCUUCAGAGAAGGUGAACAUGACGGCUGAAGAGGAUGAUGAUGAUGAUGAUGAUGAAGACAUACCAGACUUCAGGACACUAAAGCUGAAUACAGAAAAUGCUAAUCUUUUCAUGGAUCAUGCAAACGAUGAAGAGGUUCCUCCUAUAAAACAUGGAAACACCAUCACAGACCGACGCAGUACCUUCCAGCCUCACUUAGCACCUGUGGUGACUCCAAGACAGGUUAAAAUGGUCCUGGGGAAGCUGUAUGAGAACAAGAAGAUUGCUAGUGCCACUCAUAACAUUUAUGCAUACAGGAUUUACUGCGAGGACAAGAACAGCUUCCUGCAGGACUGCGAGGACGACGGCGAGACGGCGGCGGGGGGGAGGCUGCUCCAUUUACUGCAGAUUCUGGACGUGCGUAACGUCGCGGUGGUCGUGUCUCGAUGGUACGGAGGUAUUCUGUUGGGUCCUGACCGCUUCAAACACAUCAACAACUGUGCUAGAAACAUCCUGGUUGAGGAGGGAUACGCUGCCUCCACGGAUGAAGCCGCCAAAUCUGGAGCAAAGACCAAAAAGUCAAAAAGCAAGAAGACAAAGUGAAUUUCAGAAGAGGAAAAAAAUGACUUUUGUCUCAAAUAAAUAUUCAUAGUUUUUUGAAGAGGUUGUUGUAAGCAGGUUCCGAAAUGUCUUAAGAGAGACAAACAGGGAUUUCUUGCAAUUACAAAUAAUUUAUUCAAGAUUACGACAGUAUAAAGUGCUGCAGGAAUGAGACCUAUAACCCUGAAUUGCAUUUUUGCACUUAUGGUUCGCUUGUUUCAAAGACAUGCUGUUUAUUAAUGUGUUUGGUGAGAUGAGGUGAAAUAAGGUCUGUGCUGAACACAAGAUUAGGAGAUUUUAACGUUUUGACUACUACAUAAGAUACUUUAGUAAAUACCACUCUCUUGAAUUUUGAAGCUUUUACGUGCCAUAAAAAAGCCAGUGCAAACAAGAGUCUUAAUGAAAGGACUUAAUGUGAAGUCAUGUGACAGUGGUGAAUUAUGAGACAAUAUGCCCCUGGGCACAGAUCCAAGUCUAAAAGGCAAAAGGUUUCCCUUUGUAAUUAUUUUGGUACUUUUUGUAGUUAUUUUAAGUUUGGUUUUGCCCCUUUUUUUGUCUUUUUUUGUCUCUUUGUAGUUGUUUUGGGUCUCUUUGUAGUCAUCUUUUGUCUCUUUGUAGUUGUUUUGGGUCUCUUUGUAGUCAUCUUUGUCUCUUUGUAGUUGUUUUGUGUCUCUCUGUAGUCAUCUUUGUCUCUUUGUAGUCGUUUUGUGUCUCUUUUUGGUCUUUUUGUGUCUCUUUGUAGUCAUCUUUUGUCUCUUUGUAGUCGUUUUGUGUCUCUUUGUGCACAUUUUAAGUCCAUUUGUGGUUGUUUUGCCCUUUUUUCAGUCAUUAGGAAUCUCUUUGUUGUCUCUUUGUGUCUCUUUCCAGAAGUUUCUUCUUUGUAUUCGUUUCAUUAUUAUGUUUUGGCUAUUUUGAGUUUCUUCUUUGAAGGUACAGGUCGUUGGUACAGGUAUAGUCGAAGGUCAAGGGGGGCUGAGACUUUGGGCCCCUGGUCCUGUGCCUCGUAGGCCUGUUUAGUAAUCCAUCCGUGACUGUGAUGUAGUUCAUUCAUAGCUUAACGUUAGCUUUUUAUUCUGCUGAUUGUAUUCAAGCUUCAAAAAUCAGAACAGUGGUGUUAAUUUGCAAAAGUUAUCCUGCUGAACCAAACUUGUAAUUUUCAUAAACCUUUGUUUGCCACAGAGCUUAUUUUCUGCAAUAAUCCAAAAUCCAAUAGAAAAAUGAUAAUGGCUUUUUAUCAAGUGAACCAGUGAGAUGCUAACUCCUGGGGCUUCUGUCAUCCCUGAAGGACUUAUGUCAGCUGAUUGCUUUAACUCUUUUAUAUUGCACCAUCUUGACUGAGAAGCCUUGAAAUUAAAUGUUUGAUGAACAUGUUUUCAUUAAACAAAUCAAA